GAACUUGCACUGCCUUGGGUUUUAGGUACUUUUCUCUCUUUGGGAAGGACUUGGAUGUUAAUCAGUAACACCUCCAGCAGGUUCAAAAGGCUGUAGUGGUGAAGUAACCAUCUGAAGGAACAGCAUGGGAAUUCUGUACUCUGAGCCUAUCUGCCAGGCGGCCUAUCAGAACGACUUUGGCCAGGUGUGGCGGUGGGUGAGGGAGGACAGCAACUGCGUCAACGUUCAAGAUGGCUUCAAUGGAGACACCCCCCUGAUCUGUGCCUGCCGGCGAGGGCACCUGAGAAUCAUUUCCUUCCUUUUAAGAAGAAAUGCUGAUGUGAACCUCAGAAACCGGAAAGAGAGAACCUGCUUGCAUUAUGCUGUGAAGAAAAGGUUUACCUUCUUUGAUUAUCUACUCAUUAUCCUCUUAAUGCCUGUCCUGCUCAUUGGGUAUUUCCUCAUGAUAUCAAAGACAAAGCAGAAUGAGACCCUUAUACGAAUGUUACUUGAUGCUGGCGUUGAAGUUAAUGCUGCAGACUGUUAUGGGUGCACUGCCUUACAUUACGCCUGUGAAAUGAAAAACCAGACUCUUAUCCCUCUGCUACUUGAAGCCCAUGCAGACCCCAUGAUAAAGAAUAAGAAUGGUGAGAGCUCCCUGGAUAUUGCACGGAGAUUAAAGUUUUUCCAGAUUGAACUAAUGCUAAGAAAAGCAUCAUAAUCCUUGUGACCUCAGAUGGAGAAGUACAAAGAGUUAAAGGACUGGAUUCUCUCUCCGCUUUGGACCACUGGUCUGUGGGCCAAUCAACCUGGGUGCCAUCAUUUUAUGGGGCUAAUAAUGGUUGCUGUGGGCAACAUUUCUGUGUUUAUAAUGUUUUUUGCUCAGUGGAGUUGACCAUGGGUAUAAUCCUUCUAAG